UAUGCGUGAAUACGACAUAAAUGUUAACGGAGUUGUCAACGGCAACCACUUGUCCGAUGGCGAAGAAGCCGAAACUUUUCUGUUUAGUUCAGAAUCGGUAGGAGAAGGACAUCCGGAUAAAUUAUGCGACCAAUUAAGUGACGCUAUACUGGACGCUCACUUGAAACAGGACCCGAACUCACGGGUUGCCUGCGAAACGGCCACCAAAUCGGGACAGAUUGUAAUUUUGGGUGAAAUUACGUCAAACGCUGAAGUGGACAUCGAAACAGUGGUCAGAGACACUGUCAAACAAAUUGGUUACGACAAUGAAAGUAAAGGUUUGGAUUACCGUACGUGCGGUAUAACAAUCCUAUUGGACAAACAGGCAGAGGAGAUAGCCUCAGGCGUACACAUUAAUCGGUCGAUUGAGAACAUCGGCGCCGGUGACCAGGGCUUGAUGUUUGGUUAUGCCACCGAUGAGACCGAUGAGUCUAUGCCAUUGACAGUCGAGUUAUCGCAUAAACUAAACGAAAAACUUAGCGAACUUCGUCGUAACGGUACGUUUCCGUGGGCCCGACCCGACUGCAAGACACAGGUGACCUGCGAGUACUAUUUCGACAAUGGCCGGGCAGUGCCCACCCGGGUUCACACAGUUGUGGUCAGUACACAACACUCGGAGGACAUAGCUUUGGAAAAACUAAGACAAGAGAUACUCGAGAAAGUAAUCCUUGAAGUGAUUCCCAGUCAAUAUUUGGACGCAAAAACUGUUUUCCAUAUCAAUCCGUGCGGCAGUUUUAUUGUCGGCGGCCCGGGAGCCGAUGCCGGACUAACUGGUCGUAAAAUAAUUGUCGAUACCUAUGGCGGAUGGGGCGGUCACGGAGGCGGAGCUUUUUCCGGUAAAGAUGCGACAAAAGUUGACCGAUCGGCGGCCUAUGCGGCCCGUUGGGUGGCCAAGUCGUUGGUAUACUCGGGUCUAUGCAAACGAUGUCUCGUACAGGUUUCAUAUGCUAUCGGUAUUGCCGAACCCAUAUCGAUAACUGUGUUUGAUUUUGGUACAUCCACCAAAUCGCAACGUCAAUUAGUUGAAAUUGUCAAAAAUAAUUUUGAUUUACGACCAGGGUUUAUUAUUAGGGAUCUGGAGCUGAAUAAACCUAUUUACCAGAGCACCAGUCGUUACGGCCAUUUUGGUCGCAAAGGUUUUACUUGGGAAGUACCGAAACGAUUGGUUUUUUGACAAAUUAUGUUACGACACAUGUAUUUCAUUCAACUAAUAAUAAUAGUAGAAAAUAAUGUGUCAAAUAUUAUAAGCAAAUGUUAUGAAAAAUUAUUAUACGAUUUGUUUGAUUUCAAAAAUAUCAAU